AUGUUGAUAUUACAGUAUGGAAGGACACCAUUAAUGUGGGCGGCUUGGGAAGGACGCCUGGAGGUGGUGACUUACCUGGUCACUCACGGCAGUCAGUUAGAGGCCACAUCCAACUCGGGAGGAUGGACACCAUUAUUGUUGGCGGCUCUGGUAAGACACAUGGAGGUGGUGACUUACCUGGUCACUCACGGCAGUCAGUUAGAGGCUACAACCUCGAGUGGACUCACAGCUUUACAUUAUGCUGCUCAAUAUGGAGAGAUUGAUACAACAAAAUGGUUUGUAGAUCAAGGAUGCAGUCCUUGGAUGAAAACAAAAGAGGGUAAGACUCCUUAUGAUCUGGUAAAAAUAGAAAGCUAUGAUAACGAAGAGAGAAAAAGGAAGAAGGAAGAAGUGAUGGACUUCCUUAUGACUGUAAUGUUACAGACUCCAGAAGUUUAUGUAGUAAUAACACUGUCUGUAGCAUCACCACCGGAUAAAAGUACCCUGAUUUAA